ACCGAUCGGUUUAACAAAUUCACCGAUAUUCUCGACGCCAAACAAUUAGUCAGACUGCUGUCGUCGUCGCCGUAGAACGUACGACCGGCCCCGUCCAAUCGAUCAGAAGACGUCGCGCGUCCGUCCGUCGUCGUAACGCAUGACAUUUGAACGCAUAACAGUUAGGUACUAUUCGUCCGACUACACCUCGUGUGCGCGCGCGAUUUCUUCUGGAAGUGCCGUAGUGGUGUGGCAUAUUCUUAGCGUAUUUAAUUGAGAAAGAAACCUUAUGGUGACAGUGCGAGGUGCAACUCGAUUGUCGGCCCCCCUCAGGGCAGUAGUGGCAAAGGUCGGAUCCCAAACAAUUCUGGAGAUUUUAUUAUUCUUUGUGCUGAUAAGAGUUCGAGUGACAAAGCCUCUGGGUUGGGUGCGUGCCCCAAAGUCGGUGGAUGGAACAUUCUAUCGUGAUCGAAAUUAUCGAAGUAACAAACUCGAAGUAAUUACAAUGCAACCACCGCAUGUAGAACGUGCCCCAAGCGGGGUGAUGUGUCCGAAAAAUGCGUGAUUCAGAAGAGUAAACACAACGAUACGGCCACCGGCACCCCACCCGAAGAUAACGGCAUGGCGCAUCAGUGAUGGCGACGCGGCGGUGGCAGUUUUGUGAAUGAAAAGCGAAAACUACGGUUGAAAUUGAAAGUUACACGAGGAAGAUAGUGCUAAAUGUGGACACGUUCCAGAUAGUGUAGGAAAAAAAACUGUGUUUAUUGUGGAAUAGUUGUUUCGGGUGAUAGACUGACAACGUUUAGGAGCUACGGAGGGAAUUAGCAUUUCAACUGCGGGUCCAGAAGUGCAAAUGAACCAUUCGUUAGCGAAUAGCAUCUCAACGUACUUAUUUGUGUUGGCUUGAGUGUGGUAUUGAUCUAAGACAAAUAUUUGUCUGUACGUCUGGAUAAUUUCCAUGCUAUUUAUACACACCAUUAUGAAUAUCGGUAGCAGCCAGCAGUAGCAGCAAAAUAUCAGCGGGAUACAAGUGUUAAUAAUCGACGAAAUCCUUAACCUGACUUGGGCCCACUUAUCGGAGGACUACUACGGAGAGCGAAAAGCUCCGGGCUAAUACCGGGCUCUAACAGUCGUCCGUCAGUGAGUGCAUGCAAUGAAGAAGCUCCGGGUGGCACAAAGGUGGAACUGAAAGCACAUAAUUGCUACUUGUAACGCCAGUAGUGGUAGCUGCUGAUGCUGCAGCCUCGCCCAAGUAUCGAAUCUUCAUCCGGGGUUCGGUUUCGGUUUUUAGAAGUUCGCGAGUCAGUGCAGUGUGUGAACGGAUAAGAAGAGAGAAGAACAGUGAAGAGCAUCUUGGUGCCGAGGAGAAGACGCCAGCGCCACACCACCACCACCACCAACGUCGUAGAAUGGAUCUUCAGGUUACCGAGUACCGGCAACGUAAGAGGCGAAGCCGUGUCUUUAGCACCUGUAUCAGCGCCGCAGCCACCGCAGAUAAGGGCGAUUACAUCAAACACCCGGUCCUGUACGAGCUGAGUCACAAAUAUGGCCUCACAGACAACCUCCCGGAGAGCCUGCUGCCCAACCGGCUGGAAGAGAUCAAAGAAGCCAUCCGGCGGGAGAUUCGCAAGGAGCUCAAAAUCAAAGAGGGCGCCGAAAAGCUGCGCGAGGUGGCCACCGACCGGCGGUCCCUCUCGGACGUGGCCUCCAUCGUCAAGAAGAGCAACAACAAACUGGCAGAACUGAAGUCCGAACUGCACGAGCUCGAGAGCCAGAUCAUACUGACGCAGGGCAACAGCGUCAGCAGCAGCAACGGACAGGAUAUGAUCCCCUCGCCCGUCACACCGAGCGGCCCGGCCGAGCUCACACCAAACGACAAGCUGCUGUUCUCGCUGGAAAAACAGCUCAGCAUAGAGACCAAGGUGAAAAACGGAGCGGAAAACAUGAUCCAAUCGAUCUCCAGCGGGCACCACGGACGUGAUAAAAAACUGCUGGCCGAGGCACACCAGAUGCUGGCCGAUUCCAAAGCCAAAAUCGAAUUUCUCCGGUUACGGAUACUGAAGGUGAAGCAGAAUAAGUUGAACAAUAAGAUUCCGGAGGAAAAUGGGGAGAAUAGGCCACGGGAGCUGGAAUCGUCGCUGGAGGAUCGGAUCGACGAGUUGAGGCAUCGGUUGCGGAUCGAGGCGGCCGUGGUGGACGGGGCGAAAAAUGUCAUUCGAACGCUACAGAGUACAAAGACAAUCGACAAGAAGGCACUGCAAGAGGCUCAAACCCGCCUAUCGGAAUCCUCCCGCAAGUUGGACCUGCUGCGGAAAGCCCUCGAACUGCGACGGUUAGAACUGCCACAGGAUUCCCAGGCGGCCAUACAGCUCAAAGCCGAACUGCAGAAUGUGCAAGCGUCCAGUCCGGUCCCAGUUCAGUACACCUCCCUGCAUCCGUUCCGGGGUACGGCCCAGGGUAAGCCGGCCCACAGUUUAUCGUUCAGUCGAUGUGCCGCCGUAACCGGCAAGCUUGAGGUUCGUCUGAUGGGCUGCCAGGACCUGCUGGAAGACGUACCCGGGCGAUCGCGACGCGACAAAGACUCCAGCUCUAGUCCGGGAGACCUGAAAAGCUUCGUCAAGGGUGUCACCAGUCGGAGCUCGUCCAAGAGCUACAGCGUGAAGGACGAGACGUCAUCGGAGAUUAUGGCUGUUAUUAAGUUAGACAACAUCACCGUGGGUCAAACGUCGUGGAGGCCAUGCUCGCAGCAGGCUUGGGAUCAACGCUUCUCGAUAGACCUAGACCGAUCACGGGAGCUAGAGAUUGGUAUCUACUGGCGGGACUGGCGAUCACUAUGCGCAGUCAAAUUCCUACGCCUGGAGGAGUUCAUCGACGACAUCCGGCACGGGAUGGCCCUGCAGCUGGAACCGCAGGGCCUCCUGUUUGCUGAGAUCAAAUUCCUCAACCCAAUGAUAUCGCGCAAACCAAAGCUCCAACGUCAGCGGAUGAUCUUCAACAAACAGCAGGUGAAGAACAUUCCCCGGGCGAAACAGAUGAACAUCAACGUGGCGACGUGGGGUCGGUUGCUGAAACGGAACACCAGUACACCGGCGGCGGGUACCGCCGGAACCCAGCCAAUGAUCACUACCCCUACGACCGCCAGCACCAUUUCGACGCCGUUCGACAUAGUGACGGAAAACGAUCCGGUGGAGACGCUCGGUGAGUCAGCCGAUUUGAACACCGUCGGAUUGGGCGGAGGAAGACCGCUUGGAAUCCACGGUGUCGCCGUCCUACCGGAGAGCCCCUCGUCCCACUCGUUGCAGAAUCAGGUGACGUCGCCGACGGGAAUGCGACCGAUUCAGCCACCGCAGUCCAUCAGUACCCCGCCCAGCUUCCGCCAGAAGAAACCUCCGAUGCCAUCACCCCCAUCACAGCAGCAAAUCGGUUCACCUGCCACCGCCGUUAGCAAAAUGGACCAAGAGUUACAGAAUGCCCUGAGGGAGUUCGACUUCCUCCAGCAGCACGAGAGCAGUCCCGGCCGCGAACAGCACCAAUCGGAAGUGGCAUCGCAGUUUGCCAGCCAAUCGCAUCGCAAUGGCUCCGCAGAAGGCGAAGACGACUUGGACUACAAUGUGCCACCGCCUCCCCUUCCGGACACACCACCAGCCACUGUCCCGAACAACACAGCCGCCGCCGCCGCACUGCAGAAGUCCCUCUCGGGAGAUUUGCUCCGGCCGGUCCUUUCGAUGCCCCCGGUGGUCCUCAUGGGAGGCGGAGUUGGAUCCAACCGGAACAGUUACAUUUCGUACAGCACGGCCAGUCCGAUCGUGGAGGAACCGCCGUCCCCGGCCCCGAACGUGGAGUUUCCCUUUGACGACUAUGACGCGUACUCGGUGACGGCCGUCAGCGAAAGUGGUGUCGGGACGACGUACGACGAAAUUAUCGAGAUCAUUCAACCCUUCGAACAGCUGGGCGUAUCGGGCAACGUCGUACCACUACCGACACAUCAUCAGCAGGCUCAAGCGGCGGCGGCAGCGACAGCGGCAGCUGCCGUUGCUCUCCAACAACAGCAGUACUACCAACAACAGCAGCUGCUACUCCAGCAGCAACAGCAAGCCCACCAAUCGCCACAACAACCCCAGCAUGACCUGGCAGUCGCUGGUCCAGCUGCGGCGAUACCACCGAACCGGCGGCAAGGUCCGGCGCGGGCCCUCCAAUAUCGGGACAGCGCGUACGAAAGCCGCCGCCAGUCGCAGGCCGGAUCGACCGGUAUGCACAUCGACAGCUUCCGGCUGUUGAGUGUCCUCGGCCGGGGUCACUUCGGCAAGGUCAUUCUGGCCCAGUACCGGAACACCGGCGAGUACUUUGCCAUCAAGGCGCUCAAGAAGGGCGACAUCAUCGCCCGGGACGAGGUGGAAUCGUUGCUCAGUGAGAAGCGCAUCUUCGAGGUGGCCAACACGAUGCGGCAUCCGUUCCUGGUGAACCUGUUCGCGUGCUUCCAGACUGAGCAACACGUAUGCUUCGUGAUGGAGUACGCCGCCGGAGGUGACCUGAUGAUGCACAUCCAUACCGAUGUGUUCUCGGAGCCGCGGGCGGUGUUCUACGCCGCUUGCGUAGUGCUCGGUCUGCAGUAUCUACACGAGAGCAAAAUCAUCUACCGUGAUUUGAAGCUCGACAACCUACUGCUGGAUACGGAAGGUUACGUGAAAAUAGCCGACUUCGGUCUGUGUAAGGAAGGAAUGGGAUUCGGCGAUCGGACGGGGACGUUCUGCGGUACGCCCGAAUUCCUCGCCCCGGAAGUGCUCACGGAGACGUCGUACACGCGUGCCGUGGACUGGUGGGGUCUGGGGGUGUUAAUCUUCGAAAUGCUCGUCGGAGAGUCACCUUUCCCGGGAGAUGACGAAGAGGAAGUAUUUGAUUCGAUCGUCAACGACGAAGUUCGGUAUCCGAGGUUCCUGUCGCUGGAAGCGAUAGCCAUCAUGAGAAGGCUUUUGCGGAAAAAUCCCGAAAGGCGACUGGGUUCGUCGGAACGGGACGCCGAAGACGUGAAGCGACAGGCCUUCUUCCGAAACAUCGUCUGGGACGAUCUGCUGCUCAGGAAGGUGAAACCUCCGUUCGUGCCAACCAUUCGCUCCGCGGAGGACGUUUCCAACUUCGACGAGGAGUUCACAUCGGAGAGGGCCGCCCUAACGCCACCGAAGGACCCGCGGGUCUUGACCGAGAGCGAACAGACUUACUUCAAGGACUUCACCUACAUGGCCGACUGGUGUUGACAGUAGUGGUAGUAAGUAGGGCGUAGAAAAAAAAAAGUGAUCCUGAUGAUCACUGAUCACUAGGUUGGAUUCAACGAUGCAACAUAACGGUUUCCCCACUCCCGUCACUCAAGAAAACCUCAGAUAUCUCCAAAACUAUUAGCUACCUAUCGUCCUAUUGGUUAUUGCUGUUCGUGUACACCUCGACUUGCAAGUACAGAUAUGAUCAUCGACCUCGUAUGUAUGUGAAUGUGAAUGGGUUGUUGUAACCACCACUACUAUUACUACAUCUACUACAGCUACGUUUCGCUCGUUAUUCUGUUUGUUACUAUUUUUACGUGAGCAGCUACUAUUACGACACGCUAUCAUGCAUAUCACACUCACUAUUUCCUUAUUCGUAGCAGAAACAAAGCAUGGAGAAGAAUGCGAUGGAAAAAGUAUGCAAACCCCUUGUUAAUAUAUUACCAUAAGGCAACAAAGUGGAACACACACAAACAAGUUAUACAUAUACAAAGAAUGAAGAAAACUAGCAAAAUUAAAAAAGAGCAUUGUUGAGUUAACACUAAAGAAGGAACAAAAAGGCGUUUGGCGCAUGUCUUCCAAAGGACACUCCUACACCCACGAAAAUCAGGAACUGUGACGGCUUUUCAGCUUUUUUAGAGGAAUUUAAGCUUAACCGUUGUAGUUUGCACUUUCCCUCACUGACACACACACGCGUGCAAACGUGGAGCAGCAACCGAAAAGGAAUAUUUGUCAGGUGCCUUUCUUGAAUUGUUGUUAUUGAAACUGUUCCACGUAUGAUGAAUUUUGUGAAACACGAUGAUGGGAGACACUAGCUUUCCCUACCCAAUUUAUGUAUAGUUUUGCGUUAGUUUUUACGUUUGUAUGAAUAGAGAACUCCACAAACAGGACGACGUUGUAUGAAACAAAAACUUGCACACAAACACUUGCGUAUAGCAAUUUCAUGAAGGAAGCUUUCCUGUUUAACAAAACUUUCAGAGGCGGCAUGAGUUUUUCUCAUGGAAUUGUUGCACAUACAGCUGUAAAAUGACUUGAGACGCAUGGAUCGAUAAUCGUGUUAGGAAAAAACAAUUGUUUUAAACAUGCCUUUAUUUAUGAAUAAACCCAGCUUUGCUAUGAAUUUUGUUCUUAUCAUUAUUAUUUUAUAGAAAAACACUCAUACAUUCAUCUCAUGCUAACCAACAAUCGAUUCAGUCUUUUUACUGUGCGCUGAAAAUGUAUUAUUUGAGUUGAGUUGAAUAAAAGAACGCAAAUCAACAUACAUAUUAUCACUCAAGAAAGCAUUAUCCAUCGUAUCAUAAGAUUGCAAACAAAUGAAAAAAAAAAGAAAAACAGUCGUAAGUAGCUGAGUGCUGCCGCCGCUGUUGUGGGAGCAAAAGAGAAAAAAAACGUUGUUUAUUUUUAUUUUAGUACCAAUAGUUAUGUUACGCUAGUUUACACACAUCCACAAUUAACAACAUACACACAUGUGAUUAUAACUUUUAUCGAGAAAAGGAAAAGAAAAAAUAAUAAUAACAGUAUAUACAUUAACGAAACAGGAACGGAAAUAUUGAUUGUAGCGAGAAGAAAAAAAAAAUGUACUAAUAGUCGUUUAUUGAUAAAAAAAAGAAGCAAUUUAUGCAUUUUUUUGAGAAAGGUUAACAAAUGAAAAUGGAAAAAUACAUUA